AUGGACAAGGUUAUGAGAAUGUCGUCCGAGAGAGGAGUGGUUAUAUUCAGCAAGAGCUCGUGUUGUUUGUCCUACGCGGUCCAAGUCCUCUUUCAAGAUCUCGGGGUUAACCCUAAGAUCCACGAGAUCGACAAGGACCCAGAGUGCCGAGAGAUUGAGAAGGCACUAAUGAGGCUAGGCUGUCCAAAGGCUGUCCCAGCAGUCUUCAUCGGUGGCAAGCUCGUUGGUUCGACCAACGAAGUUAUGUCCAUGCACCUAAGCAGCUCCUUGGUUCCCCUCGUGAAGCCAUAUCUAUGUUAA